AUUACGUGCCCAUUCACGCACGUGGACAUCUCUCUUUCCAUCUCGCGCUGCUACGGAGAGCAGAGUGAGAGAGUGUAUGUCCAGCUUAGCUCCGUGAAGCUCAGAGAGCAGUAGACUAUAUGUAUAUACUACUGAAAGCCAGUCGCAGCGCUUAGUCCACGUGCGUACAUACUCGCACUCGGGCAUGUAUAUACACAUCUGAUGACAGCACGCACACACUUGGCCACACGGCACUGGCUGUGCGGCAGAUGAGAGCAGAAGCUCUCUGCUCAAUGAAAUAGUUAGAUCUGCCAGUGCCAACUAUCCCACCGCUCGCGCCGGACACUUUUAUUGGCUAAUCCUUUGCGCUGUCGCUCUUUCUCUCUGCAGCGGACGAAAGAUCUCGCGGCUGAUAUACAUCGCUCCUCUGUAUUAUUAUUGUAUACAUAUACUCUCGCGAGGAAACAAAACUUUCGCGUGUGCGUGCGUGCGCGUGUGUGCUUCGAAAUGUUACGCCGCAAGAUCCGCUACGAUUUAGCCAAAGCACAGCCGAUCGCCGAUCUCCACCGCUUACCGAUCCGAGCUUGAUCGCCACGAGUACUUAUCGUAUUGUAUAACGCGUAUACGCACCUGUGCUUCUUGUUGUACUGCCGUAGUCAUAUUGCUCUUCGAAAAUGACAGGCAAAGGAACGAUCUCCAACAGUGCGGUACCACCGGACGUUCUGUGACACGCGCCGAUCACCAACCGAUUCUUUCUUCUUUUUUAUCACUGUAUACACGCAAACAUGUCUGUGGUGUCGGGAAUUCGCUGAGCUUAAAUUCGAUCUCUAACUCAGCGCGAUAUCGUCGAGAAUCGAAGGAAAAAAGGAAAAAAUGUGCCGAUCGUUGCAGGGAGUGUGAGAGAGAGAGAGAGAGAGGAUCCGUCGUUCAACGAGUCUCUUGCCUCUCGUAGUGAUGAAACCGCAAGGUCCGAGAAAAGCAACAGCAGUCCUCGACUGAGCAAUGUAAGGAGGCCCAGCUGCCGGUCACCUGCAGCAAACACCCCCAGCAGCAGCAGCAGCAGCAGCAGCAGCAGCAGCAAAGUCCACCCCCAGCGGGUUUCAUCUACGGAAUGUCGGCAGCUCAGCACCCGCAGAUCGCGCGGAUGACCCCGACGGGCGGCAGGUCUCGCACCUGCUCCGAGUCGAACGUCGGGGCGCACGUCUCCCUGGCUCUGGCCAACAGCGGACUCCUCGGCUGUCCCAGUUGUUCGGGCAGCGCCGCGGCUCUGCACCACGUGAGCACGACUGCUGUCGGCACCGGCAACAACGAGGACUCGGUCAGCCUCCUCGAGGAGGGCAACGCCACCAGGUUACCCGACCUCGUCGCCGAGAGCAAGAUCUACGACGAGACGCAGGAGCCUCUCGAGUCGUACGUGGCCAUCACUCUGCAGGUCUCCAUACCUUUCCUCAUCGCCGGCUUCGGUAUGGUCGGCGCUGGACUCGUCCUCGAUUUGGUCCAGUAUUGGGUCGUUUUCGAAAAAGUGAACGAGCUGAUGAUACUGGUGCCGGCGCUUCUCGGCCUGAAGGGCAAUCUGGAAAUGACGCUGGCGUCGAGGCUGUCCACGCAAGCGAAUCUCGGUCACAUGGACACUCCGAAGCAGCAGUGGUACAUGAUAGUUGGAAAUCUCGUUUUGAUACAGUGCCAAGCGAUAGUGGUGGGCUUCCUGGGCUCUGUGGUAGCGAUCGUGAUGGGGGCGUUCCGAAACGGCACAGUCUCACUGGACCACGCUUACCUGCUGAUCGCAAGCUCGCUGGUAACGGCAUCGCUGGCCUCGUUCGUCCUGGGUCUCAUCACCGCCGGGGUAAUCGUCUUCUCCCGGCACUGUCACAUCAACCCCGACAACGUGGCCACUCCCAUCGCGGCGAGUCUCGGCGACAUCACCUCGCUCGCCCUGCUCUCCUGGAUCUCCACGAUACUCUACGAGUCCAUCGACAAACAAGACUGGCUCGCGCCUCUCGUCAUCGCUUGCUACGUACUCGUCACCCCCCUCUGGGUCUGGAUCGCCAAGAAGAACAAGUACACCAACGACGUGCUCUACUUCGGAUGGACCCCCGUUAUCGUCGCCAUGCUCAUUAGCAGCUGUGGCGGCCUCAUUCUCGAGUUCAUGGUCUCGCGCUUCGAGAACCUGACCGUCUUCCAGCCUGUGAUAAACGGAGUCGGCGGAAACCUCGUCGCCGUCCAAGCCAGCAGGAUUUCGACGGCUCUGCACAAACAAGCCGAGCUCGGCACUCUGCUCAUACCUCCCGGACACACUCAUCCCGUCAUCUUUAUCACCCCCAUCGCCAGCUUCUUCGGAAAAGGAAUGCACGCGCGGACGACUCGCGUCCUCAUGAGCAUGGUGAUUCCAGGACACGUAAUCUUCAUCUACCUGAUAAACUACAUGAAAGAGGGUCAAACUUCGAUGAGCACGCUCUUCGUCUUUGUCUACCUGUGCGCGGCGAUGUUACAGGUCGCGGCUCUGCUCUACAUCGCCUACAUAAUGAUCCACUGGAUGUGGAAGCGAAAGAUCGAUCCGGACAACUCGGCCAUACCCUAUCUCACGGCGAUGGGCGAUUUGCUCGGCAUCAGUCUUCUCGCCGUCGCCUUCCAGUUUCUCUACCUCGUCGGCGAUCAGGAAUUCGGCGAACCGAUCAAGCCUUGAUCCCCCCAUUGCUCCUCCCCCCUCUAUUGUGUUGAUAUAUUAUAACUAAUUUUAUUACUUUUACGUAUAUAUGCAUAUAAUGUUAUUAUAUAAACUAUAAUCCGCGAUUGUCGACGACGACGAUGAUGAUGAUGUCGCGUGCGGCGAUGCUCUGCUUUUCCCUCUUGAUCUGACUGCAGUCUAUCGAAAACUCGGUGUUUGUCUCCGAUGUCGAACGAAUCGAGCGAGGAAAACCACAGCCAUGGCGCACGUGAGCUAUAUACAAUAUUAGAAUCGAAAUGCCUUCGCCGAACUAUCAAACUGAUGAGUAGCUACAUGUGCAGGAUGUGUAAUGUGUAUGCAGCACGUCAGGACUGGGCGUCGAUGAUUGAAUUAUAUAUUGUUACGAUCAUUUUUUUUUUCCCCUCAAACAUCUUGCGUAUUGUAGGUACGCGCGGACGCGCUGUCUGACGUCUCGUGUUUGUAGCCCUGAAGAAAGUACCUUAUCUCGCAGUAUCUUUUGCGGACGAGUUGAAAAUACUGUUAUACACCUAUGCACACGCAAACUAUAGAAGGUAUUAUGUACAAAAGUUGCAUUCUCUGUGUCGUUGAUACCGUAUAGUUUGUAUACGCGUCAUUCCGCGGGAUUUUAUUUAUGUAUAUUUCUGUGUUGAAGCUCUGUUGUUUAGAUUAUUGUAUUAUCUUCGCAGCUCUGUAAUCCUUUUACCGUAAACAUCGAGUAUUAUGUAUAACGAAUAUGCGCCUGAGAAUAGACAUAUUGCUCUUCGGCACAGUGGACGGUUAUGAGCGUGUAUACCGAGAUUGAAAAUGAUUAUGUUUAAAAUUUGUUUAUCAGCAGUAUUUAGAUAGUUCAUUUGACUUCGAAAAACAAUGCGAAUCUUUAUUCGACGAGUUUUCCUGCGUGAACGAAGAAAAUUCAGUGAUCUUGAGAGAAAAUUAUUUAAUGCAACAAUGUUGUUGUUUCGUUGCGAUUCCGUUGUACAUAUAAUAAAACAUUUUUUUAAUGUUGAAUCUUUUACAAAAAAAAAAAUAAUAAUAAUUUAUUGCCACUAACAAUUCAAUUGAUCUACAUGUUCCACAAUAAUAUGCCCAGACCCGAAUGUCGUGAGUAUUAUAGAUAGACGAGGAAGUCUUUGCUAUAAUUAGUUAUUUUCUAUAGUAUAAUAGUGUAGCGGUAUGCGCAGCGCAAAAUUUGCGGCCUCUAAAGUCCAGUACGCAUACUUUAGAUUAAAAAAAAAUGUCGUGUAAUACAAGAGAAUGUGAAUAUGUAAUGAGACUAUAGUUAGGCACUAAUUAAAUUGCAGUAAACGUGUAUAGUUGUGUAAUGUAGAAACGAGUACAACGUAUGAUUUUAUCGGUUUUAAUUUUGCUUAUAUCUUAUUUGGAUUUAACUUCGUUAUGGGAUGCAUUUGAAACUUUUCGUUAUAACUGCUGUCAAGAAAAGUUAACUAAUGAAGCGGAGAGUACAAAUUACGUUAUAAAAUGAUAAAAUUUCUUUACACGAAGAUUCACAUUCUUUGAUGUACGAAAUCGUAAACAAAGAAUAUAUACAAUUAUAUGGGAGGAUCAGAAAAUGAAGAAAUGAAGUUCUGACAUAUUUUUAUACAGUGGCACUUCUUCGUAAUGUAUUUAAUACCAAAAAGAAAGUUUAUUUUUAGUUGUCCUUGCACUGAGAUUCAAUGAGGAAUUUUUUCGCGCAACUGAAAGGAUGUGCAGAGACUUAAAUUCGCAUCAUCUUUUGCGACCUUCAACUAGAAUUAUCAUUUAGAAUCAAAGAAGUUGCUUUUUAAAAUGCCAAAUGUUGUACAGUAAGAGUAAUGACCGAAAGAUUUCAUGGACUCGAUAUAGUCAAUUAGACUUUUAUAUAGCUUUAGUUGAAUGUACAAAUGAAUAAUAAGCAUAUAAUAUAUUUUUUCUUUUUGGUCACGAAACCAAAUAAUCAUGUCUAUUGUGUAUGUAAAUAUUAUAAAUAUUAGAAAAGUAGAAAAAUAUAUUACUGGAAAAGGCUAAUAUUUAGUCCAGUUUGUAAAUGUUUUGGAGAGUACGAAAGAAUUUAACGCGUAACGUUGACGAUUAGUCGAAUGUACCACCCCCCAAAGGGGAUAGUAAAAGAACUAAACAAAAAUCAGUUCUAAGAAUUAAAACUGGAAUUGCGAAAUAUUCUUUGUCUGCUGCAUAUUCUAUCUUUAUUAAUCAUAUUUUGCUUAUAAACAAUAUCGAUACAUUUGUACAAAAUUCUACAAGCCGUCAGCUCUAUGUGCAAUCAUGUAAAUUGCAGCUUGGGGUAUUAAAAAAAUAGUGAUUGUACGAAUUAAAUUAUUUAUUCAGGAGUAUAAGUGCAAUAUUUCGUUGACUGUUCAAACUUGAUUAGCUACAUACAAUGACACCAGAAAGAAAACGAAGUAAUACGAAAAAGAAAAAUGCGUUUUUCGUAUUGGUUUAAAAGCUUCACUAAACAUUUUGAUCAAUGGAUCGAAUUAAUAAGUGUAAAAAAUCCAUGGUUGUCGUGAUUGUCAGAAAUUGUUACGAAUGAGGUCAGAACAUAGGUACUAUUAUAAAAACAAAUGAAAUUCAAGCGAUUUCAUUGCUUGCAAGGUUUGAACAACACAGCUUAUUAAUUAAUUCAAUCGUGAUCCUUUAGCCUUCGUUUUCUUGAUUAUUUACAUGCGAUAACUAAAUGUUAAUGUUUUUUACAUUUGUAUAUUCAUUGUUAUGCCUUUCUACCUAAGACGCGAAAAUUAGCCUCCUUCCUCUUUUUACGCUUACACUUAUUUAACAAAACAUUCCAGUUACUCAUCGUGAGAUUUAAAGUGUCAUUUUUAGCUUUCGAUGUAUCUUAUUUAAAUUCAACGGGUGUAUAUUUGUACUUUGCAUCUUUCCAGACAAUAACAGGCAAAACUGGAUUUCAAAAUAAUUUCAAAGACAGAUAAAAGCUAUGAGAUCCACAUAUUUUGUAAAAUUGGACUGAAAUAAUGAUGUGUAGAAUCUCGUGUAUAUUUAUACAAGUGAUAAUAAAAACCAACAAAACAGCACGUUCCUCAAA